UGGUCUGGGGGUGUUAAUACGUGGUGCCACGGGGGUAUCACUAAUCCACGGGAGAUUUGUAGAUUAAACUUGAAGCAACUGCUCAUCCUAAAUCACAUCACGCCAGUUUACAAUUCAGGCGCUGCUGCCGUAUGGCGUUUUCAUCUUUCUCUUUAUUCCCCCUUUUUUCACCCCUUAUCGUCAACGAGUGCGCCUAAUCAAAUGCGGGGUUGCACAACAAUAUACGCCGCCUAAUCAACCCUAACAGGUUAAUAGGAAAUUAUAGUCAAUAGAAGAAAAAUUCAGACUCUGUGAACAAAACAUUUUAAAAAAGAUAAUUUUUGAAGGCAUUGUUUUUCGUCAAAACAAUUUUGUCGUAAUAUUUUGGACAUCACUUUCAAACCACCACUCUGCCUUCUUACGUUCAGCCGAUUCCCCUUUUCAUAAGAUAGACCGAAAACAAAAGUGGUUAUUAUAGUAAUCGAUAGUGAAAGCACUUUUGUUUUUACGAUCAGUGCGGCCGCAUUAUUGGGUACCAUAAAAACCGUGCGAAUUCUGCGAGGGUCUUUUGUUGUGCAAUAUUGUUGAUAACGGUUUUUAAAUACCUUUCUCGCUUCAAUAUUCCUCACUUUUUCCAAUUUUCUUACCCUUUUCACCAAUCCGACGCUCGAGUGAUCAUUAAGUGAAAUUAUCUACACCAUGGUAAUGACCAUUGUUUCUUUUCAUCUGUUUCUUGCAGCCCUUGUAAGAGCAGUUCUAUAGAUUUGCAUGCCUGAAUUGUAAUUUGUUCGAGAAAGUUGAAAAAUCAUACUUCCGCAAAUACCCUGAAAAAUAUUACCGACCGAUAAUCAGCCUACAGUUCUCGUAUUUUUUUCGUAGCACUGAAGUUCAAACAUCGCAAACAUCAAAUGCAAAUUUUCAUUUAUUUUUUUAACAUGAUUACAUUGAAAAUGGAAAUUUUAAGUGCUCGAGUCCUGAUGCAUUUUGCAUAUAAUUAGUCAAUUUUGUAAAGUGAAAAUUUGACGGACGAUCGAUUUUCUACCAUUAGAAAGAAGGGGUAAAACGAUACAACCAUCGGAAUUUCAUUAUGCUCCUUUUUUGAUUAAUAAAAUCCAUUCUCAUACAUAUGCGAAUUACUGGUGUUUGAUGUCAAAUUUGAAACUUAAUCCGACCCUCGAUAAAAAUCAUCUCGUCUUUAAAUAGGGGAGAGAAAAACCUAUGAAUGAGUGGCAACUUCGAUGUGACAAAAUUGGGAAAAACUACGCGUAGAAAGUUAAUUAUGCCUUCUUGACCUAUACUCCAUAUUCAGAAUUACCAUCUUCUCCUUGAUUUUAGCACAAAUUAGAACAAUUCACUUUUUCUUUGUGAGCAAAAAAGUGUAAACUGGAUUAUGCAAAUUCAUUUUGAAUCGACUGAUUUCUUAGCUAAUUUUAAAGGACCGUUUGCUAGAAAAUACUAAUUUUGACAGUUUUUUUAACGGGCCGUUUGCUAGUAAAAAGUUUUGACAGUUUUUGAAACGAAUUUUGAGCUUUUUUGACAGUUUUUUGACAGUAUUUAGUCGCAUAAGUGGGCAUAAAAAUAAAAUCGGAAACGUAAGGAAUUUGAACCUCUAAUUUUAAGAUAUAGAAUUGUUCUUUCAUAGUUCAUGGCCAUCAUGAAAAGCAGUAGUAAAAACAUCUUUUUGAAACUGAAUUUGAAAACGAGGCAAUAUUGAAGUGUCUUCGUGAUUAUUUACAUUUGACUGGUAAUCGUUCCCAGCAGGGUUGGGGGAUUAGAUAAUUAGUUGAUUGAAGUCUACCUAUUUGACUUCCUUUUCCUUCCUUUCAGCCGCUCCUCGAUUCGAUUCGAUCAUUGUCAAUUUAUCUUUACCCUUUAGGCCAAAUUGACUGCAACCAACUGUCUCCGAUUCACGUCUCCUCUGAUCUCCUUUUCAAUAGUUGCGUUGCUCAGUUUCAUACAAGUUGACAUUUUGCAGUAUAUUGAGGAAAUAGCAUUGCCCGACCCCACCCAAACCCCUCUUGUAGUUAACUUUAAAAAGUUAUCUUUUAAAAACUCGUACUUUAUGAUCUCUUCGAUUACCCCACCCCUAUGAUACCUAGUAUAGAAAAUCCCACGUACACACGUAUAAAAAAUUAAGUCAAUCGGUUAAGCAUUUAAGCAUUAUACCCUCUUUAAUUACCCCCCCCCCCUAUUUAAAAUUUUGACCUAUUUUAACCCAACUUGCAAUAGUUAAAGAGAUUUUUUCAACCUUUUAAUGUUUGCUUUUAAGUUAUUAAGGAUAUAUUGAGAAAAAAUAUUCCAAGCUUUUGAAGUUGAUUCAAUUAAUUUCAAAGAAUUACCUGACCAAAAAAGUACCUUGUUGAAGCUUUUGUAUCAUACAUUUUAUCAAUUGACCUUACUUUCAACAUAUUUGAUCACUUUCGUGAAUUGAUUUAUCGAGCUUUUAUCUAAUUGAGCUAGAAAAAUGUUCAGUUCAGCUCAACUCAUUGCUUCUUUUCUAAUUAUAUUUCGUUCGGUAAAUUGCAACAAUCUGUCGGAUGAAAUGUCGGAGCUUCUGGAGCGACUCGUGAACAAUUACGACGCCAAUCUGAGGCCCAAUUUUGGGGGCAGACCGGUUAGGGUGCGAGUUUCUAUGCACGUGGACAGUAUUGGGCCCAUUUCCGAAGUGAACAUGAAUUUCAGACUGGAUAUUUCCUUCAGACAGAUUUGGAAAGAUGCCAGGCUGCGCUACGAUGACAAAUACAACAACACUUUCACUCUCUCCCAUGAGUUCCUGAAACGCAUCUGGACUCCGGACACCUACUUUCCAGACUCUCUGAGUGCGGACAAGCAAGACGUGAUGACUCCCAAUGUGUUAUUGAGACUGUUCCCAGACGGCAAGAUACUGUACAGUGCCAGAGUGACCAUAUUUGCAAAGUGUCCUAUGAAGCUACACUACUUUCCAAUGGAUAUGCAGGUGUGCAAACUUUUGGUUGAGUGCUAUGGCUACACAACCAAAGAUCUCACCCUGGAGUGGGAUGAGUCAUCGGAGGAGGAGCCAGCAGUGCAGGUGCCCAACCACCUUCAGGUCCCCCAGUUCUCUCUAGUCGACACCAUAGUGGAUAGUUUUACUUUGCAGUUCUCAACUGGGAACUUCUCUGAUUUGGAGGUCAAUUUCUUGUUCAAACGAGAUCUCAUGUACUUCAUCCUGCAAAGCUAUGUUCCCAGUACCCUGAUCGUGUUCUUGUCGUGGGUGUCAUUCUGGGUCAAUCGCAAUUCGAUCCCCGCCCGGGCCUCCCUCUCCAUCACCUCCAUCCUCACCCUCAUCACACUCAUAGGCACCACCAACUCCAAUCUGCCCAAGGUAUCCGAAGUAAAGGCCCUGGACGUGUAUUUCGCCUUGUGUUCUGUGUAUGUUUUCGGGGCUAUACUGGAGUUCGCGUCUACCUGCUACCUCACAACAAAGGAAAAGAAUAGAUCUGCUGCCAUCGCACUAGAAAAAUGUGCAUUACAAAACCCAGUCAUACGCCAGACGUCUCAACUGACGCCUGAUGAAAAGAUGGUGGAACAUCAGUUAGAAACAGUUCCAUUCCAAGAGGUAGAAACCUCCUUAUGCAGUUAUCGCAGUGACCCUGAGGACUACAAAUGCCCUAACGUUGAAAUUAUCAGAGAAAACACAGAGCAAAACAUUUCACAGCUAUCUCGCGGAUUCAUAAAUGAGAGCGAAUUCAAUUUGUUCAGAUGCAAUUUGUCGGCUUCAAAGCUGGAAACGUAUUCACGAAUUGGCUUCCCGUCCUCAUUUCUUCUGAUGCAGAUCUGCUACUGGCUGUUCUAUUGGCACAUGACUAGCGUAGACAGUCCAGUGCAUAAGUUCAUGGUCGAAAAGUAGAAGCAGUAGUAAUUUAAAGACUUUGAACUAUUUUAAUCAGUGAUUAGCAAACUGAAGGAGCAGGAUUUUGCGAGGUGGUGGGUUGCGCAGUCUCUC